AUGUCUUCUGUGAUUCUUGGAGGAGGCAUCAUCGGCUCUUCGAUUGCCUACUAUCUCUCUCAGAACCAACCAUCAGACGAAAUCCACGUUGUCGAAGCCUCAUCGCAGUUGUUCAGUGCCGCAUCCGGGUAUGCGGCCGGGUUUCUAGCCAAGGACUGGUUCGCGCCGGCUCUUGCUCCUCUAGCAGCUCUUUCUUUCGACCUUCAUGAGUCUCUAGCUGCUGAACAUGGCGGAGACAAGAAAUGGGGGUACAUGAAAGGCACCGCGUUGAGUCUGGAUGUCUCUGAUGGGAAGAAAAAAGGAGGUGCGCGCGGAGAUGAUUGGCUGCGUGCAGGCACAAGUCGAGCAGAGACAGCUGCUGGAUCCAAAAGCCCAAUCUAUCACGAAGCGCCAGGCUGGAUGACGAAGCAGAAGAAGGGAGUCUUUGAGAAGAUCAGCGAAGACGACACCGUUGCGCAAGCGGACCCCUUGAGAUUAUCCAAAUUUUUCAUGGAGACAGCCCUGUCUAGGGGUGUCAAUUUGCAUCAUCCGGCGAAAGCCGUUUCUCUCGUCACAGAUGGAGCCAGUAACACAAUCACCGGUGUCCGGAUCAUUGAUUUGACCACUCGAACCGAGUCCACACUCCCGUGCACUAAUCUUAUCAUUUGUGCCGGACCCUGGACUCCUCAAGUGUUCUGCGACCUUUUCCCUUCAUCUAGUGUUUCGGUUCCCAUCACCCCGCUUGCAGGCUACUCUCUUGUGGUUCGUUCCCCAAGAUACACUCUUGAGCACGAGGCCAAGGGAUACGGCGGCCGAAGCCAUGCUGUGUUUACCACCCAUCCUGCCUCAAGCGGAUUCAGCCCCGAAAUCUUUUCUCGCGAAGGUGGGGAGAUCUACAUUGCCGGCUUGAAUAGCACACAGAUUCCUCUUCCGAGCCAGGCAGAGGACUCGCAUAAGCUCAUGGAGCAGAAGGAGAUGGAAAGAUUGAGGCAGGUGGCGAUUCGCCUGAUGGGAAAGCUGGUCGAUGGCAGUGCCGAAUCCACGGAGGAAGUUAUCAACACAAAUGACUUGGAGAUCGUACGUGAAGGUCUAUGUUUCCGUCCUGUCUCCGCUCGCGGAGUUCCUUUUGUCGCUAAAGUCGAGGACGACUUGCUAGGCGGGUUUAAGACAGGCACUCAAAACAAAAAGGCAGCUGGUAGAGCGAGAGGAGGUGUGUUUGUUGCUACAGGUCAUGGUCCCUGGGGUAUCUCACUGGCUCCAGGCACAGGAAGGGUGGUUGCGCAAAUGGUUGAGGGACUCAGGCCUGAGGUUGAUAUCAGUGGCCUGGCAGUAGGCGAUAGUACGAAGGCCAAACUCUAA